AUGUAUGUCAAAGAUCUCCCCUCUUUCAAAGAUAUGCCCCCAGUCGCGGGAAUGCCUCACGGAACGGCAUGGGGUCUCUUUGACAAAAACGGCGAGCGAGACAAUUGUGGUACUUUAAAUUUACUCACGCCCGAAAACACACUCGAAGCAAGCAAGGAGAUAAAGUCUGGCAAAAGUGUUGCAUUGAAUUGGUCUCAAGACCGCAUUCACGAACCUGCAUUCGGUCGCGAGGUUCCAAAUCAUACAAUUCGGGAUCUGGCUCCAUUUGGUAUCAAAGCGUAUGAUGAUGUGAUAUCCAUCAAUACGCAAAGCGGUUCUCAAUGGGAUGGAUUUCGUCACUGGGCACACCAAGCCACAUCCCUCUACUAUAACAACCUUCCCCACUCCGAAAUCAGCUCUCCCCUCCCAGAAACCCCAUGCAAAAACGGAAUCGAUGCCUGGACCACUCGCGGCGGCAUCGUCGGACGCGCCGUCCUAAUCGACUAUGUAGCCUACGCUCAGCGCCACAAUAUCUCCUAUUCCCCAGUCACGAGAUACGAAAUUAGUGUUGAGAUAAUCGAGAAAAUUGCAAACGAACAAGGAGUCAUAUUCAAAGAAGCGGACAUCUUGAUUUUGAGGAGUGGGUUUGUGAAAUGGUAUGAGGAGGCGAAUACUGAAGAACGUAUUCGAGGUGCAAAGAACGCCCAUGAGUUCGUAGGCGUGAAGGCAUGUGAAGAAACAGUGGAAUGGAUAUGGAAUCGACAUUUUUCUGCCGUAGCGUGUGAUACGGUUGGGUUUGAGGGUUGGCCACCAGAGGCAAAUACGGAGUGGGUUUUGCAUGAUUGGUUGUUGGCUUUGUUUGGCUGUCCAAUAGGCGAACUCUGGAAUCUCGAAGAAUUGGCAAAAGUAUGCGCGGAGCAGAAUCGAUACUCUUUCUUUUUCACUAGUGCGCCGUUGAACUUUCCUGGUGGGGUAGCAAGUCCACCGAAUGCUGUUGCUAUCUUCUAG